AUGGGGCUGAUGAUGCUGGAAAGAAAAUACGUUGUAGGAAAGUGGUUGUCUUUCCAAAUGGUUGAUGACAAACCUGUCAUGGACCAAGUUCAUGUCUACGAGAAUUUAUGUGCUGAUGUUCUAAAUGAGGACAUGAAAAUCUGUGAGGUUUUCCAGGCUAAUGUUCUGCUGGAAAAAUUUCCUCCUUCCUGGAGGGAGUUCCGUAACAAUCUGAAGCAUAGGAAAGAGUUCCUGUCUCUUCAGGAACUGAUCAGCCAUAUGAGGAUUGAAGAGGCCAACCGGAUAAAGAUAAUCAGGACUCGGCUCUUGUCAAUGUUUCCAAAGCUAAUCUGGUGGAAUCUGUUGCUGCGCCAAGUUCUGAUAAGUUCAAGGCCUGAUCAUAAGGCUUACCAAUGUCCUCAACGCCAAGGUUCUGUCCAAAAAGAAACUCCUCAAGCUAACCUUGCUGUUUCGGAUGAUGUUAUUGCUGCUGUGGUUGUUGAAGCAAAUCUGGUCGAAAAUCGUUCUGACUGGAUUCUGGACACCGGGGCUUCAAGGCAUUUCUGUUCGAACAAGGAGCUGCUCCAUGACUUCCAGGAUGCAACAGAAGGUGAGUGCGUCUACAUGGGGAAUGCAGCAACUGCUGGAGUGCUUGGACAUGGAAAGAUUCAUGUCUUUGGGUGA